AUGGGUUGCGACAAGAAGUUCCUCACGAUGGAGGAUCUAAAGGUAGCGUUCAACAUCUUCUGCUGCGUCUACGGCAUCGGCACGCUCGGUAUGUCCGGCAACUUCUCGCGCGCCGGUCCCGUACUGGCCGUCAUCGGCAUGGCCUUCAUGGCCUUCGCCAACGUGUACGCGUCCGUGGCCAUCUGCCGCGUGAUGCUGCUGGCGCCCACAAGCGUCAAGACCUACAGCGACCUGCAUGGGCAGAUGGCCACGUGCCUGCUCGUGCCCUGCGUCCUCCUCGUGCUGGGCGGCACCUUGCUCGACGGCCUGUUCCCGGACGCCUUCAGCCCCAGCUACUGGGUCUGCUUCAUGGCGCUCAUGUGUCUGCCCGUGUGCCUCACCCCGACGCUCAAGGAAGGCGCCGGGGCCGCGUUCGCCGGCUGCGCUGCCACGCUCAUCGCCGACGUCAUCGGCGUGGCCGUCGUCAUGUACGGCAUGCGCGGCCACCCGACUCCGCCGUCGCCCGAGCUCAAGUUCUCGCAAGUCGCCGGCAUGUUCGGCAACCUGUUGCUCGCCUACAACGCCGGCAUCGUGAUCCCGGCCCUGCAGCGCCAGCACAGGGAGCCGACGCGCAUGCCGGGCGUGGUGUUCGUCACCAUGGCCUUCAUCUCGUGCCUUUUCCUCAUCCUGGCCAGCACGGCGUACUCGGCGGUGGGCUGCCAGAUCACGGGCAACCUGCUCUACUCCAUCUACCCGGACUCGGACACGGGCCUCACCACGCUGGGCUUCAAGUCCAGCUGGAGCGCCGUCGUCAUGGCCUACUUGUUCAUGCAGCUGCACAUCACGAUCGCCUUCUCCGUCCUCCUGAACCCGGCCUUCUACCUCGCCGAGUGCCUGGUGCUCAAGAUGCACAAGAAGAGGGAGGAGGACGACGUCGAGAACGCCCUCUCGUACGCCGCCGCCAACACGCCCGGCAAGGAUGCUGCCACCGACGACCGUCGCUCGUCCAAGAUGUCAUACAUCUCGAACGCCGACGCCGAGAGCCCGUACCACGGCGACGUGGAGGCGGAGGCAGCCGAGUACCGGGGCUCGAACGCGGUCAAGUACGUGACCCUGCGCGUCGCCAUCAUCGUGGUGCUGGUCGUCCUGUCGGUUCUCCUGAAGGACCACUUCUCGGACAUGGUGGACUUCGUCGGCGCCUCGUGCAUCACGCUCAUCAGCAUCCUGCUGCCCAUUAUUUUCCUGCUCAAGAAGCUGUGGCACGAGAUCCCCAUGUACGAGAAGAUCCCGGCGCUGAUGGUGAUUGUCGUGUGCGGCUUCCUGGGCUGCUACGUGACGUAUACGUCGGGUAAGACGCUGUUCGCUCCGACGGACUCGGACACGGCGUUCCCGUACUGCGACAGCGAGUACGAGAACGAGGUGUACUACAACUACACCACCGUUCACGGUGCAUAA